UUUUACACUCUGACAUGCAAACUUCCUUUUGUGUAACAUGUUAAAAAGUAGGAUGUGGGUUGGGCGAAUUCUGGUUUUUCAGAAAUACUUUAUAUACUUUGAAAGUGCUUUCAUACCUAUUCUCAUUUUUCUGGCAGCCUUCUGAAAGCAAGCUUCUCCUCCUUCCCCCCAAGGAAUGCCAACAAUAAAAUAAAAUAAAUAUCGAGGCUAUUCUUGAUUCUGCUCCAUAGCAUCAUCUGGGCAGUGGUAGGAGAGAAGUCCUGGGCAAGAAUCAUCGUGUCCUGUUCCUCUGGGAGUUUGAGACCUGUUAAUUGUGGGUAUAUGAGCAACGUAAUGGUGUGGGUGAAAGGUACAGACUGGCUAACAAAAAACAGAAAUUAGGUGAUUUUUUAAAUGUGAAUGCUCAUUGAGUUGCAGAUUAUUACCAGGGAAGACAUAAGGUUCUCUAAAGGCUACAACUGAGUGGUGAGGUUAAAAGAUAUAACAGAUUAAAACCAAGCAAAGGAAUAAUAGGAACCAGACAUAGCAACCCAUAAAGCUAUAUUGUUGGAUCGCAUUAAAUGUUUUGGCUAUAACAACAUAAAAAUUAUAACUGGAAAUUGUGUGGACCUUGUAUGCUUAAGGAUCUUCUGGAUAUGAAUUGCAUUAAAUAGUUUAAAACUUCCGUUAAAACAUGCAGUCUAAUAAGUUAACUAAAGCAAAUCAUGAUUAUUAGGAUGGCCGUAUCUCUUAAGUUGUAUCUUCUAAAAUAGGUUUUUGAUAGUUGGAAAAAUGACUAUUGUAUUACAUUUAGUUUGCUUUGAAUUUGUAAAAACUUGUUACACAUUUUUCAACCGUCUUUUAUUUUUCCUUUAAAGCCUAAAUUGUAUAGAUCUGUGAUUGAAGAUGUUAUUAAUGAUGUGAGAGACAUCUUUUUGGAUGAUGGAGUCGAUGAGCAAGUUCUGAUGGAACUAAAAACUUUAUGGGAGAAUAAACUCAUGCAGUCUAGGGCAGUGGAUGGAUUUCACUCAGAAGAGCAGCAGCUUUUAUUGCAAGUCCAGCAGCAGCAUCAGCCUCAGCAGCAGCAGCACCACCACCACCAGCACCAGCAGGCUCAGCCGCAGCAGACGGUGCCCCCGCAGGCGCAGGCCCAGCAGGUCCUCAUUCCCGCGUCACAGCAAGCUGCAGCACCACAAGUUAUUGUUCCUGAUUCUAAGCUGAUACAACAUAUGAAUGCAUCAAACAUGAGUGCUGCUGCCACAGCUGCUACCUUGGCACUCCCUGCUGGUGUGACUCCUGUUCAACAGAUAUUAACAAAUUCAGGCCAGCUGCUUCAAGUAGUCAGAGCAGCCAAUGGUGCCCAGUAUAUAUUCCAGCCUCAGCAGUCAGUGGUUCUGCAACAACAGGUUAUACCACAGAUGCAGCCUGGUGGAGUACAAGCUCCUGUCAUACAACAGGUACUGGCCCCUCUUCCUGGAGGAAUUUCACCACAGACAGGCGUCAUCAUCCAGCCCCAGCAAAUCUUAUUUGCAGGAAAUAAGACUCAAGUAAUACCUACAACAGUGGCAGCUCCCACACCAGCACAAGCGCAGAUAACUGCAGCUGGCCAGCAGCAGCCACAGGCCCAGCCUGCUCAACAGCAGGCUCCGUUGGUGUUGCAAGUUGAUGGAACUGGGGAUACAUCAUCAGAAGAAGAUGAAGAUGAAGAAGAAGACUAUGAUGAUGAUGAGGAAGAAGACAAAGAGAAAGAUGGAGCUGAAGAUGGGCAGGUAGAAGAGGAGCCCCUCAAUAGCGAAGAUGACGUGAGUGAUGAGGAAGGACAGGAACUCUUUGAUACAGAAAAUGUUGUUGUAUGCCAAUAUGAUAAGAUACACAGAAGUAAAAACAAAUGGAAAUUUCAUCUCAAGGAUGGCAUUAUGAAUCUUAAUGGAAGAGAUUAUAUUUUUUCCAAAGCCAUUGGAGAUGCAGAAUGGUGAAGAGUUGGCUCUUUUCUUUUAUAAAUAAAACAAAAGAAACUUAAAAAAAAUUUAAAGUGGACAGUUUGAAACUUCGGACAUACACCAACCAAAACUUAACUUCUGCAUGUCAGAAAAGUACAGUAGAAGCAGAGCUACUGGAACAAAGAGACCUUGACAACAUAGACACUACUUCUAACUGGCAAGCCAUGGAACUGUAGCACCUGGGGUCAUUGGGGUGGGGGGUUGGGAUUUUGUGUAGGAAAACCAUAAUUGUCGAUUUUAAAUACAAGUACCUGCCAUCGGUAAUUAGCAUGUAAAGCUUUGUCUAUAUUCCUUCCUCCAGCUUGGUUCAAUCAGAAGAUACUGGUUGGAAUGAACUGAAGAAAUUUCCCUUUUGAUAGAUUGAACUGAAACUGCUUAUUGUAUGUGGUUACGUUUGGUAAAAAUUGCGUGUGAGCUUUUUACAAAAGGGUAAAGAUUAUGAGGUUGAAUUUUAACUCACUUGUAUAAGGAAACAAUAGAGAACUCUCAUAAUAGGUCUUAAAUAUUUUUACUUGCUUUUCUCCCUCGGUAAUGUAUCUCUUCCUUCCCUGCCUUAUGAAACAUCUGUUUAAGAGUUUAGGAAGUAAUCAGUGAUCACAGUUUGGAGACAGAACUUGACCCAAGAAUUGGAUAUUUAUUUUCAUUAGAUUCUCACACUACUAACUGUAGUGUAAAGAGUUGGGUCUCAUCUGAGUUGAGCAGAAUUGAAAUGACAGUUUCAGUUUCCUUACAGAAAAACUGUAUUUGUUUCUUCUAGUCCCAGACCUUAAAAAGAAACCCAAAAGUGGCUCCUCAGGAAUACGGUUUUAUUGCACAAAGGUAUCAUCCAGCUGAAAUGAUAUACAUAUACAUAGAUACAGAUUUUUUUUCCUAUCGGGCUAAAGUGUAUGCUUAUAUAUGUGUUUAGUCUAAGUUAAACACUCAGUUCACAUUCUGUGCAUUGAUUGAAGCAUUGGGCAGGUGGUGAGGACUUGGAUUUUUAUUAAACAAUUUGGUAAUUAUGAAAGUUUCUUGUGUUUACUAGUAAAGAGUUUAAAAACUAUUAUUCUGAUCAAACAGAUUUUUUAAAAUACAACUUUGUAAUCUGGGGGGAAAUUUUGGGGUUAGUAGUGGGUGGGCCACUAAGUACAUAUUGACCUCUCUUUCAUUUGGUGGCCCUUCCAGGCCGUUGAUAAUAUAGACAUGGGCUCCAGUUUGCACACCGGGAAGAAAGCAUAGAAAUUUGACUUGUAUAUUUAAAAAAGUAGAAAUUUAAUAUGUGUAUUAAGAGAGCAUUGCUCUGUAUUCUGUAAUGGGCUCUAAAGAAUAAUGUAGUUGUGUUCAGUGUGAACAAGCUACCUGGGAUAACUGUAGGAACACAUUUUUUCACCUUUGUGUUCUUAAAACUAAUUCUUUUCAUGGUUUAUCUUGACAGAAUUCACAUGUGUUUAAGUUACUUGCAUAUUGAUUUUUUUUCUAAGUCUUCCAUUUUUGUCUUCCUUUUAUUUGCCCCUGUGUGUGUUUUCAGAAGUUAACACAGAAACACUUUAAAGUACAUUGCAAAGAAAAACUGUGAGCUGUUAUAUAUUGUUUUUUCUUUUUUUCACACAAAGCUUUAAACUUCUCAAGAAGGCUAAUCAAAAAAUUUUUUUCCUACUUCCCAUCCCAUGUACCAACUAGGUUCCUUUAACUUAUGCUCUGAACUUUGGUGUAAAUGGUGGUUUCUAGCAUGCUAGUAGUUAGGUUUUAUUUAGAUGCCAUAACUGGUAAAUACGGUUUUUAUUUUUACUAUAUUAAUUUAGUUUUUUGGAGGUUUAUUUGUUAACCCCACUACUAUCAAAGCACACGGGUUUUUUUGUUUUUAUUGAGACUGGGAGAAGAGAGAGAAGGUGAUGAAAUCACAGAAGCCCUGUUACUCAGUUGUCCUUCAGUAUAGUUGCUAGUAGGUUUAUAUUUACCCAGUGAAGAAGCCAAUGACCUGAACUACCUAUAAAAGUAGCAGUGCUGCAGUGUUGAUGGAAACCCUUAGGCUGUCUAGUAGUUCUUAUACUACUGAACUUUGGAUUACUAUAUGAUACUCAGCUCAUGUUUUGGGCCCUUUAUAUAGAUAAACAUUUGUUUCCAUAAUAAAAUUGUAUACUGGCUUUUUUUUUUUAAUAAUGUUAUAUUCCAACAUGAACAACCAAUGCUUUGAGAGUGACUCACUAGGGAAAUAACCAUUUGUACUUGCACCUGUGUAUUGCUUAUUAAUUAUGGCAUACUUGGCAAAUGCUUUUCUUUUACUUGUGAAAAUUCUGAAAGCUGGUCCAAACAGCACUGCAUACCAAAUUGUGCUCUUAUAUAUUACUGCAUCGUGUUCCUUUCUAUUCAAAUAGCAUGUUUUAGUUUUAUUAUAGUGGCUUGCAAUAAGAAUGCCACUUGCUUUUAUUGUACUUGAAUUCUUAAUCAUGCUUUUAACAUUUUGUUUAACAAAUCAUUUCAUUAGUUUCCAUAAAAAUGUCAUUCCUUUGAAAAGGCAAGGAUUUCCACUUUCAGAAUUUUAAAAUGAAGAUAACAUGUUUAUACAAAGCGGGAAAAUAGUUCAGACUUGGUAUUAUGAAGUAAGUUAAGGUUUCAGAAACGAAGAGGAUUUGUUUAGAUUUGCACAGAUGAUGAUGGCACCUUUUAUUUAAAAAAAAAAUUAACAAUCAGCAAUGCUAAGGAAAAUUUACACAAAAGUACUAGAUAAAGUGUGGAAAUUUGUGCCUUUCAGUGUAUGUAGUUUUUUUGGUGGUCAUUUGGAUAAUCAGACCAUUUGAAUGCCUGAGAGCACAUUUAUUUCUCUGGAGCGCCACAUUUGGCUAAAACAACUCUUUAAUGUGCAAUUAGUUUUUAGAGUAAAAUGUCUGUUAUAUGAGGGGGAUCUUUAUAUAUUGAGCUUUUAUAUUUUUUUAAAUGUUCACAUUUCUUUGUGUUAAUUAAAUGCCAUCAUAAUAUCACAUAUAUAUUGUUGCGUCUCAAAAUCAAAGCCAACUUGAUGUUAUUCUUCUUGGAAUACAUCAGGAUUUGAACGGUAUAUAUAGUGACUAAAAUGUGUUCUUGAAAAGCGUAUUCUAACAAGAUUCUGGUUUUAGACAGCAAGAACAUAAAAAUAUAAUAGCUUUUGUAUAAAGAUUUUCUUUUACUAUAGUGAAAAUCAAGGAUUUGGUUUUCUUAUUUUUUCUGGCUUUUAUGGAGAAAUGAAAAGGGUUGUCUCCUUCUAAGAGUAAUUUUUGAUUAUCUUAUAGCAAUAAUAUCACCAUUUUUUUCAGAAGGUAGAUACACCUUGUACAGGAAAACAGACAUAAUUUCCUCUUGGGAGUUCCCUUUAUAAAUUAGCUUUUUCUUCCAGUUGAGAAAAUUCCUAUAUUUUCAGAUUAUUUCAUCUUGAACUUUUUUGAGCUUUUGUGCAAUGUAAUAUUUUAAUUGAUCCAUCUUUGUACAUUUUCAUUUUAAUUCAUAUGUCUAUCUCCCACCUAUCUGUCUGAAUCAGCUAUUUCAGAUUUUGAAUUCAGUGGUUUAAAAAGUUGCUUCAUAUAUUUCCUCAUGGGGUUUAUGUUAAAUAGUUUUGCAUUUUAAUCUAUUAUGCUAUGGAAAUUAUUCUGAGGUUUAUAUUCCCUUUUUAAGCCUGCCUUAGUCUAUCUUUUGUCAUUUUUUAUGGUUUAAGGAAGAAUACGCCAGACUUCAUAUUUUUGUUUAUUUUGAGGAACAAGAAAAAAUUUUUUUCUUCUCUUUUAAGGGAAGAAACUACCUUGAGUUAGUAACUACUAUUUCAGUCAAGUUUCCUUAAACCAAUCCAGUAUGCGUCAGGGCUACAAUUUGGGGGGAGGGGCUAAUCCUUUUUGCUGUUCUGAGCUACUAUUGUCAACUGCUGUUGUACAUACUGUUAUGUGUAAGGGCGUAAAUAUAUUUAUUAUGUUUGUAAAAUUCAUUCUGUACAAUUGCAGAUCAAGGUUGCUCUUCUGUGAUAUAUGAGAUAUUAUGUUUUAAAGACCAUCUUGGAAUACAAUUAGAGAACUUAGUAUUUUGAUGUACUAAGACCUAUUUUAAGUUUAAUAUUUUACCUUUGCAAAAACUUUAAUUAAAGAUGUUAUUUAAAAAAAGUAA